AUGUCUGCGUCUCACGGAAAUUGCUACCCACGUGUGUCGGCUAGCAACAGACUUAGCAGCGCUUAUGAGUUUAUGAAUGAAACUGCUGUUGUGCUGGAUUUUGAAAUACCCAGCAGCUUUGCUGUUAUGCCAUUGUCAGCAGCGCAGUGCCAUUGUGGCACUGGCGGCACUGGCUCCAGCACUUGCUCACAACUCAUAAAAGCUGGUCUUAAACUUUCUAUACAAAGUAAACGUAAGCUUUCUACUUGUGAUUCAAGCUCUGGUUCCGAACAGCCCAACUCAAAAUGCUCUCGCCGUGAUGAAGAUUGCGAUGACUCCAGCGAUGAUGAUAGCGAACAUAAAUCAAGCAAUGCCGCCAAUCAUCUAACCCCCGAGGAUGAAGAUCGUCGUCGUCGCCGCCGUGAACGUAAUAAGAUUGCCGCCACCAAGUGUCGCAUGAAGAAACGUGAACGCACACAAAAUCUUAUCAAAGAAUCCGAACAAUUGGAUACACAAAAUGUUGAUCUAAAAAAUCAGGUACGUACACUGGAAAAGGAACGUCGCAAAUUACUGGAAAUGUUGCAAGCACACUCCACCAAUUGUGUUCGCCUUGAAGGUUUCAAUUUGCCCUCAAAACUGUUACAGUCACCAGCACUGAAAUACUUGGGUGAACUUGAAAUAGAAGCAAAUAAUAGCAGUGCUACUAAUGCAAACUCUAAUAUCAAUACGCAAGCACAUCAAGCAGGCAACAAUCAGACUACACCAAAUCAACAGGCACGUACCGUCAUCCCACCGAUGUCAACUAUCAAAUGUUCGCGCAGCAAUGGUUUCAAGGCUGCUGCAGUUGCAGUCAAUCAGCAACUGCAUCAACUACCCGCACAUCCAACAUCGCUUACAGCAUCACAACAACUGCCGAAUGGUUACUGCAAGCCAUCGCCUACUCCACAAGAACUUGGCUAUUUGAAUUCGCCUUCCCAAGAGAGUAUUUGUCUAACCUCAGCGCUACAAACACAUCAUCAUAAUGCGCAGACACCCACCGCCCACCUGCAAAAUACCGCUGUUGUUGUCAGUCAUCAAUUAUCUGAUUACAUUCCAAAUGAUAAUAGUCUUAGUUUAGCCAGUCUUGGACUAACGCACACACCAACAGGCACACCAACCGGUGGCGACAGUAGUGCACUGCUCAGCAGCGGUGUGCCAAGUCCACUAGCAGUCAUCUCUACACCCACCACAGCUACGGAGUUCGUCAAAAAUGAAUUGGUCGAGUCCCAAAGUCCUUAUACCACAGCACAAUCAGCUGAACGAUUUUUAUUUGAGAACAAUUGCGAUAGCUUCGUCGAUAUUAAGCAUGCAGUCAGUAUGCACCAUGGCGUACAUAAUCUAAAUAACAACAUUAUUGGCAUGCAGAACAAUAACAGCCUAUUAGACUUCCAUACAUCAUCGUUGAUGGGUAGCAUUGUGCCGUUCCACGAUCACAUUUCUAUUAAAAACGAUUUCCUAACUGAUGCAGACCUUUUGGAACAAUUUACGGGCGAUGCAGGUGAAUUUGUUGUCGAUGCAGAUAUCAGCGUUGCGAAUGCCUUUAUGCCGAACGGUGGUUGCCUGGCGUGAGACAAUGAAAAUCUUUAUCCAAAUGACGAUUGGUGCUAAACAAAAUCACAAGUGUAAAUGAAGUGCAAAUUGAAAGAAAAACGGCGCCAUUUUUUUAACGUUAAGUUUUUGUUUUAUUUUUAUGAUUUUAUUUUAUUUUCAUGUGCAUGUCAUAAAGGAAAUCAAAUCGCCUGAUAAGAUAAAAUGUAAGUUCAUUAAUCUUUAUAAUUCAUAUAAGUGCAUAUUGAAAUAGAAAUUGUAGUUAUUUAAGCAGUUAGAGUAUAACACGAACGAGCUGAGUAUGCAGCGCCAAAAGCUACAAACUGCGUUAGGAACGACAAACUCUGAUCAACGGAAACACAAAAGUCGCUAACUAAGUUUAAGUAUAAAAAACUGAAUAAUGACUCUAUACACUCCUCUGCUCGCGAGAAAAUAUUCUUUAGGCACAAAAAUCAGAACAGUCUAUUCUAUUCGUGUACAACUCUGAACUCUUAAGAAUAUUCCUUGACAAAAAUCUAUUCUUCCAUUUUUUAAUUAAUCUAAUCCUUUAUAGCUUUUACAUUCGUUUGAUCUUUUUUGUUCGUUUUGUUUUUUCUUAUUUAAUUUUUUUUAUUUUAUUUUAAUUCACUAUAAUAAUAGCACCCACCGUCCCAAAAGGUCUCAUGCAUGUUCUUUAAUUAAAUAAUAUUAUUUUGAAAAUUUUACUUAUCAUUUGUUAGAAUUAUUUUCGUAAAUUUUAAAUUCGUUUUCUUUUAUUAAGUACUUUAUUCAUAUCAUAG